AUGUGUCCUGUGUCUUACCUAUACCGUCGCUGGUCUGGUCUGCUGGGACCCCGGGGUCGUUUCUGCUGGGACCCCGGGGUCGUUUCUGCUGGGACCCAGGGGUCGUCGCUGGUGGGACCCCGGGGUCGUCGCUGGUGGGACCCCGGGGUCGUCGCUGCUGGGACCCUGGGGUCGUCGCUGGUGGGACCCCAGGGUCGUCGCUGGUGGGACCCCGGGGUCGUCGCUGCUGGGACCCUGGGGUCGUCGCUGGUGGGACCCCAGGGUCGUCGCUGCUGGGACCCCGGGGUCGUCGCUGGUGGGACCCUGGGGUCGUCGCUGCUGGGACCCCGGGGUCGUCGCUGGUGGGACCCUGGGGUCGUCGCUGCUGGGACCCUGGGGUCGUCGCUGGUGGGACCCCAGGGUCGUCGCUGCUGGGACCCUGGGGUCGUCGCUGGUGGGACCCCAGGGUCGUCGCUGCUGGGACCCCGGGGUCGUCGCUGGUGGGACCCUGGGGUCGUCGCUGCUGGGACCCUGGGGUCGUCGCUGGUGGGACACCGGGGUCGUCGCUGCUGGGACCCUGGGGUCGUCGCUGCUGGGACCCUGGGGUCGUCGCUGCUGGGACCCCGGGGUCGUCGCUGCUGGGACCCCAGGGUCGUCGCUGCUGGGACCCUGGGGUCGUCGCUGGUGGGACCCCAGGGUCGUCACUGCUGGGACCCCAGGGUCGUCACUGCUGGGACCCCAGGGUCGUCGCUGCUGGGACCCUGGGGUCGUCGCUGCUGGGACCCUGGGGUCGUCGCUGGUGAGACCCCAGGGUCGUCGCUGCUGGGACCCUGGGGUCGUCGCUGGUGGGACCCCAGGGUCGUCGCUGCUGGGACCCUAGGGUCGUCGCUGCUGGGACCCUGGGGUCGUCGCUGGUGGGACCCCAGGGUCGUCGCUGCUGGGACAAUGGGGUCGUCGCUGCUGGGACCCUGGGGUCGUCGCUGGUGGGACCCCAGGGUCGUCGCUGCUGGGACCCUGGGGUCGUCGCUGAUGGGACCCCAGGGUCGUCGCUGCUGGGACCCUGGGGUCGUCGCUGGUGGGACCCCAGGGUCGUCGCUGGUGGGACCCCAGGGUCGUCGCUGCUGGGACUCCGAGGUCGUCGCUGCUGGGACCCCGGGGUCGUCGCUGGUGGGACCCUGGGGUCGUCGCUGGUGA